CUUUGCAGGCGCUUCGGUGUUUCUUCGGUCUGUUGCGGAGGACGCGCUGCGGACCUAGUGCUGGGGCGGGCUGGACCCAGGAGGUCAGAAGUUGAUGCUGAAAAAUUCUCACAUGGUUCCGUGUAGCUGCUGAGCAGUGUAUCUGGAUCUGAAUAGAGAUCAGAUGUGUCUGAAUUCUGGAACACACCUACAGAUUCUCCAAGAAAAAGGAAAAGAAGAAACAGGUGCGAGCUCAACAGGACAGGUUUAUUUCAGAACACACCCGAGAAGGACCUCUCCGGCACUAGAGACCAGAACUGCUGCUCUCAUAGAGGGAAGCUGAACCAUCUAUCUCCAGAAAUGUCUUCAGAAAGUAAAGAGCAACUUGAUCUUUCACCAAGGGACUCAGCUAAAGGAAAUGACAGUCUUCCAUCUGGGGUCUCUCUGGAGACACAAGAGGAAUCGAGUACUGACUUCAAGCAAGUUGAAACCAAUGAGCAAUGCAGACCUUAUCCUAGGAUACAUUUGGAGCCUCAAGAGAAAUCAAAUACUAACAUUAAGCACUUUGUCAUAAAAAAGCUACAGAAGAGUUGCCAGUGUAGCUCAACCAAAGCCAAAAAUACAAUUUUUGAUUUCUUUCCUGUUUUGCAGUGGUUCCCAAAAUAUGAUCUAAAGAAAAACAUUUUAGGAGAUAUGAUGUCUGGUUUGAUUGUGGGUAUCUUAUUGGUUCCCCAGUCCAUUGCUUAUUCCCUCUUGGCUGGCCAAGAUCCUAUCUAUGGUCUGUACACAUCUUUUUUUGCCAGCAUCAUUUACUUUAUAUUUGGUACUUCUCGUCACAUCUCUGUGGGCAUUUUUGGAAUACUGUGCCUUAUGAUUGGUGAGGUAGUUGACCGAGAACUACACAAAGCUGGCUGUGACACUGCCGAUGUUACUCCUUUUUUAGGAAUUGUUUCAAGUGGGAGCUUAUUAGUAAACCACACAUCAGACAGGUUAUGUGACAAAAGUUCCUAUGCAAUUAAAAUUGGAAGCACUGUAACCUUUAUGGCUGGAGUUUAUCAGGUAGUGAUGGGCUUCUUUCAAGUGGGCUUUGUUUCUGUCUACCUCUCAGAUGCCUUGCUGAGUGGAUUUGUCACUGGCGCCUCCUUCACUGUUCUCACAUCUCAGGCCAAGUAUCUUCUUGGGCUCAGCCUUCCACGGACUCAUGGCGUGGGCUCACUCAUCACUACCUGGAUACAUAUCUUCCGAAACAUCCAUAAGACCAAUCUCUGUGAUCUCAUCACCAGCCUUUUGUGCUUUUUGGUACUUUUGCCAACCAAAGAACUCAAUGAGCACUUCAAAUCCCGGCUCAAGGCACCAAUUCCUAUUGAACUUAUUGUUGUCGUGGCAGCCACAAUGGCCUCUCAUUUUGGAAAACUACAGGAGAAGUACAAUUCCAGCGUUGCUGGACAUAUUCCCACUGGGUUUCUGCCACCCGAAGCACCAGACUGGAGCCUAGUGCCUACCGUGGCUGUGGAUGCAAUAGCCAUUUCUAUCAUUGGCUUUGCUACCACUGUAUCACUUUCUGAGAUGUUUGCCAAGAAACAUGGGUACACAGUCAGAGCAAAUCAGGAGAUGUAUGCCAUUGGCUUUUGCAAUAUUAUCCCUUCGUUCUUCCAUUGCAUUACUACUAGCGCAGCUCUUGCAAAGACACUGGUUAAAGAAUCAACAGGCUGUCAAACUCAGGUUUCUGCUGUGAUGACAGCCCUGGUUCUUUUGUUGGUUCUCCUGGUAAUAGCUCCUUUAUUCUAUUCCUUACAGAAAUGUGUCCUUGGUGUGAUCACUAUUGUAAAUCUCCGGGGAGCCCUUCAUAAAUUUAGAGAUCUGCCCAGUAUGUGGAGGGUUAGCAGAAUGGAUACGCUUAUUUGGUUUGUUACCAUGCUGUCCUCCGCUCUGAUAAGCACUGAAAUAGGCCUGCUUAUUGGGGUUUGUUUUUCUAUGUUUUGUGUUAUUCUUCGCACUCAGAAGCCAAAGGUUUCAUUGCUUGGCUUGGUGGAAGAGUCUGAACUCUUUGAAUCCCUGUCUGCUUACAAGAACCUUCAGACCAAGCCAGGCAUCAAGAUUGUCCGCUUCAUAGCCCCUCUCUACUACAUAAACAAAGAAUGCUUUAAAUCUGCUUUAUAUAAAAAUACUCUAAACCCAGUUUUGGUAAAGGCUGCUCAGAAGAAGGUAGCCAAGAGAAAGCUCAAAGAGCAAAGAAUCACUCUUGGAGUACAGGAUGAUGUUUCAGUGCAACUUUCCCAUGAUCCUUUGGAGCUACAUACUGUAGUGAUUGACUGCAGUGCAAUACCCUUUUUAGAUACAGCAGGGAUCCAUACACUGAAAGAAGUUCGCAGAGAUUAUGAAGCCAUUGGCAUUCAGCUUCUGCUGGCUCAAUGCAAUCCUUCUGUGAGGGAUUCCCUGACUAGGGGACAAUACUGCAAAGAGGAAGAACAAAACCUUCUCUUCUAUAGUGUAUAUGAAGCAGUGGCUUUUGCAGUGGAAUAUGAGAAAGGAACAUGUGUUCUCAAUGGUCUGCGUCGUUCCAGUGAUUGAGAAAACAGAUGAAAAGAAGAGUGUCUCAUCAGUAGGUUAAAGUUUCAGAUGUACAGUAUUUCUCUUCCUUGGAAGCUUAUGGCCUUUUCAUGUUCUCAAAUGCAGCAAAGCUUAUGUAAUAAGGCAGAAUUAAAAAGAAGAAAAUGUGGUUUUAAGCUUUCAUGCAUGUCUGAAGUAUUCUUGGGACGUAAUAACUAGUGAAUUGAGUUGUAAAGUGGCUCCCAAAUGUAAUUACCACCUUGUUUUAGGGUGGACUUUUCCUCCUCCAGAAUCACUGGAGCCUUUGCCUGACUGUGGAGGGGAAGUAGGCAAGGAGUAUAUUGUACUUGCUUCUCUUGUAUCAGCAGGUUAAGAGGCUUUUGGGACAUGAAAUCCUAACUACAAGUUUGUUGUAUGCUUCUCUAGCCCCAGUAUUUGCUCCUGAGACAGCAGUAGGACUCUGCCUUUUAAGUAGGAAAUCGGUCCAUUUCUCUCCUCCUUAAGAUAGGGAACGAUGGACACAGUCUGAUGGCUGGCAGGUUAGUGACACACUGUAUCACAGCCAGCCUGACAUUAAAAGUGCCCUUUAUGAUAAAUUGGAUGUUGCAGUUACAAUGUUUUUUAUGUAGGGCAAGUAAGUGAACAAAUAAUUCUUCAAAAUGAGAAAAUACAGUGGUAGUCCUCUCUGUCUUUUCUGUGAUCACUAUUUGUGUUUGUUUCUGAGACAAGCACCAUCACCAUUAGCUGUUUGUUUUAGCUGUCAGUUGUCCUACUGUGUUUUCCCAUGGAAUCUGUCCUAAACUAGCAUUUCUGCUAUCAGUGACAGUUACCAAAGUAGGAUGCUGACUCAGCAAUUUAAAGCAACCUUUUAAAUACGCUUGAAGCAAGCCGUCAAGGACACUGCAAAGAAGGAAUGAUUUACAUUGUAAGAAUGAGUUUACUAGGCAGUAAAUUGUAUACACCCCAACCUCUGCAACUUCCCAUGGCAUUUUAACAAGGGUCUUUGAGGACUGGAGGACUGGCAGAUUUUCUCAAACAGAAGCUGCUCUUCAUGGGAAAAAAACACACAGAAGUGAUAGAGUACUUCCAAAAGGACAGCAAUAGUUUUUAGCUGUUUUAGUGAAAACAGUGCUGAUGCAUACUGCCAUGCACCCUAUUAAUGUACAGUAAAUGUUGAUAACGAUAGCUUUUAACUCUUCAUGUUACCUAAAGCUGUUACUAAGAUUUAGAAGCAUCACAUUCUUAAAGCCAAGUUCUCUGGGCGUAUUUAUGAUAGCUGGCCAUAGGUUGUGAAUUGAAGGUUGUUUCUUUGGAAAAAGAAGAAUAUCUGACAUUGAAAGCUCAUAGUUCUGUAUUUGGACCUUGGCAGGCAAAAAAAAAAAAAAAAAAGUUUUCCAAAGAAUAAUGGACUAAUUUAUAUGAGAUUAAAACAUCUAGCCAAGUCUUUUAAAACAAACAAAAUGAUGGUUGCUAAAGUAUAAACUCAUUUUCUAAUCCUGCUCUUAUAUUCUAAACAAUUUUAAAUAUAAUAACCCCUAUAUGUAGGGUAUACUACAUAUGGACAUAUUUAAUGUAUAUGUAUAUAUACUUUUUGUUAACUCUGUUAACUGCCAGUGUUGCUUUUCUAUUCAUAAAUCUCUCCCAUUUGCUUACAUGGAAAAUACCUAUUAUUCCAACAAAACAAUUUCUGUGUUUCUAUCUUCUAGACAAUUGAUGUUAUUAUAUGAAAUAUAGUCCUGAAUUCUGACAUACUUUUAUUAUUCAGUUCUAGAAUUUUAGAAUUUCAGAAAUGUCAGUGCUGCUUAUAUUUGUGCUUUUUAGUUUGUUUCUAGUGUUUGCCAUUUCUGUUGAAUCUUAGGAAUAUUAGUUAUAAAACCACAAUAUCUUGGUCUUCAUUUCUUUUUUUUUUCCCCAAGUCAAGUUUGAGUUGAGACUAUUAUAGAUAUCUAAUAAUUGACAGAGUAAUAAGCUCAUGUUUAAGACAACUCUAUAGUUUAUCCAACAUCACCAUAACAAAAGAAUUUGAGGCCAGUCAGUAUUUGGAAAAUCUCUUAGAAGGAUGGAUAACAAGAUUUGCCCUUUACCUGAUAUUUCCAUCCACAUGUAGAUACAGACAAUUCUGGAACUUUAUGUGUGCAGUAAGCAAAUUCUUGAAUUAUGUUCUGGUUUGUACCUGUCCCACUCAAAUGAGAUUCUGCUUUUAGUAGCCAUUUGUAAAAUCAUCUUUUGUUUUUUGAGACUGGGUUGCUCUGUAGUUCAGGCUGGCCUUGAACUUGAAGCAAUCCUCCUACCUUAGAGGUAGUGUACCACCACAACCAGCUUGUAAAAACAUCUUAAAGUUUCACUACAAUUUAUAUUUUAUCCUCUCUACUUGAAUUGCAUUCUGCCUAUAUUUGUACUUUCUAAAUUUUAGGGGUGUGGAGGUGUAUGUGUCUGUGUGGUACUGGGCAUUGAAUCCAGUGCUUUGCACAUGCGUGGCAAGCUCUCUACCACUGAGCUACAUCCUCAGCUCUUAAGACAGGGCCCCACCGAAUUGCCCAGGCUGGCCUCGAACUUAUGAACCUGCCUUAGCCUACCAAAUAGCUGGGGAAACUGCACUUUUUGGUAUUGCAGGUAUAUGCCAUCGCACUUAGCUUUUAAAAAUUUUUUGAUUGUUGAUAAUUUAAAGCAAUCAAACCUUUAAAACAAGAUUCAGUGCCACCACCAAAAUCAAUGUUUUGUUUGCUUUCUUGAUACUUUAAACGUGAUAGCGAUACAAAAACAUCUUGCUUACUCUAAAGGUGAGAGUCUAAGUGAAGCAUUUUCUCAUUGGUUAUUGAUGAAGAUACAGAAUUCGGAGUAUCUUAAAAUGGUUUUCAUUUAAUUAAAAUAUAAUGUGUACUGUCUUGAAAGUUAAAGCUCUUACAAACGUAUUUUUAAUUUGUUACAACAGGAGGGGUGGAGUGAGCCAGUGCAGUUAGGUGCGUGCAAGGAGAACGUGUAGAAGAGUGAAAGGAGUAAAGUCAUUGUUAGGACUAUAUCUGGCCAGUGACGGGAUCCAGAUGAAUAGGAACCGAUUCCUGGCUCCACAACAGUGAGAUCAGUAUUAGGAAGAAAACCUCUGAGAGCAAGUUUCUGUUUCUAGAAGGGGAAAGUCACAGAUUCACCAGAGCUGAAAGCUGAGAAGCACGUGGUCAGGUUGUGGCAAAAGCCUGAGUUGGCCUACUUUGGAACAGUGGGUCUUCCCUAAACUUAAAUUGAUCUUUUAUAAGGAAAACAAGGUAUGAUUUAGACGGUCUGACUUAGCUUUUAAGUAGCAGACAUUGAUGUCAAAAUUGGUGAUUAAAUUUACAGAGUGGUAAGUGGUGAAAUUUUUAAAACUCUAUGGAGGUGUUAGGUGUAUUCAUUAGAAUAUUUUAAUGCUAAUGACUACACUUUAACAAGACCAGUAAAUCUCUCCAGGGUUGUUCUCUUAGUAAUUUCUCAUUUAAGAACACAUUGUCAAAGUUAGACCUGAUCUCAAUAUAAAAGUAAGAAAAGGGAUACAGUGCAUUUCUUGGAAACUUAAGUUGAAUCUCUGAGUUGUAAUAAUAAACUCAAGCUCUGCAA